AUUAAUCGAUACAUUGGCCGUAAGAAAAAAAUAAACUCAGUAUAUUUGCGCGUUCCGUGUUUCCAUAAGCGCGCCUGUUCGCACCUUUUCAUCCCUUAAUUUGGGUCAGUCAUGUCAUGACCACCGAAAAACGUCACUAUCUAUCAUGUCCAUAACCCGGGAAAAAUAUCCAGAAUAAUUCAUUUUACACCAAAAAAUAAUGAACGAAAUUUUCAGUAGUCUUCCGUCAGACCUAUAGGACUUCCUAUAUAUAAACCUAUAGAACUUUCUUAUAAAAAUGGAUAUUGAAAUAGAAAAUAGUACUUGCACACUAAAAAAACGUAAAGAAAAUGGAAAAAUUGAAGAAACAAAAGAUAUUGAAGAAGAUGAAUUGAAAGAUCAGGAAAAUGAAGACGAAUUUGUUGUAAAGAACGAAAAAAAUCACAAGAGAAAUGAAUGGUUGUGCUUGAAAGAUAUGCCGGAACAUUUGCAGUUUAAUCCGAAUAUUAAAACUGGGUAUAGACCUUUACAGUCUCCUUUGGGAUGUUUCAAGAGCGCUUUUCAGUGGCAUAAUGAGUCUGUUAAUAUUAUAACACACGCUAUACCAAUAUUUUAUAUAAUUUAUACCGUACCGGAAGUACUUCCGUGGCACUCCAAAGAACUCACAUUCCUGGCGUGGUGCCACAUAGCGGGUAUAUUGUGCCCCUGGCUGGGCAGUUUUGUCUACCACAUGUUUAUGAACUUAAACUAUGGCCCCUUGGCAUAUUAUGUCCUCCUGCAAAUCGACAUGCUGGGCAUAUGGGUUAGCCAGAGUUUCGGUGCUUUACCUUUGUUGUUUUCCACAUCGCAUUGCCUUCCAGAUAUUUACAAAUGGUCGCUAAUAUCUUGUUAUUGCUUGUUAAGUAUAUGGGGAUUAUACAAGGCUAUGCUGGCAUGGUCCCCUUGGGACAGGAGACUGUGCUUCCUAUUGCCCUUCCUGUACAGAAUAGGGCUGUGGUUCCUGAGAAUAAGCGGUUUAGGGGGUGGAGAUCCGGCAGCAUUUUUACACGUUAUUUUACAGGACGUUGUAUCGAUAGCUGGCGGAUGUAUAGGCGCGAUACAUGUGCCAGAAAAAUGGUUUCCCGGAUCGGUAGACUUGUGUCUGAACUCGCACAAUAUCAUGCACGUACUGGUUGUAGCUGCAGUCUGGAGCAUGCACCAAGCUACAGUACUCGAUCUCCACUGGAUGGCCAAGCACCAAUGUUCAUCUCUAGUAUAGCUACAUCAGAACCAUAUCCACAUAUAUGGAAAGAAACUUCAUUUUACUUCCGAUUUUAUCCUGCUUUGCGAAGUAAAUUAGCGAGAAUGAAACCAAAGUAGGAGCUUUUUAUUGAGGCCUUUUCUCACAUUUAGUAGAACACAAACAAAAAAACUU